AGAGACAGAGAAAGAGAGUGAGAAGGAGGAAGUGGGGGUUAAGGAUGGGGUACCUGGGUUCUCUGACAGUAUCAGACAUCAUACAUGGCUAAUGUUCCAAUCGGCCUUCACCUCGGAAACUUUCCCAAGGGAGUGGAUGCUGGUGUGAAAAAUGGCAGUAAACUUCCCUUCUGAUGACUCACAACACAGCAACACCCUGGAGAGAACACAGGCAGUGCGUGUAUGAUUGAUUUGGAGGUGGGACCACAAGAUAGUAUUUGUGCAGGACACGUAGUCCCACAGUCCCACUGGAAUGCAGGCGUGAGGAUCUACAGCUGUGCCUGUGUUCUGGAGGCCCCCGGAGGGGACAGUCGGACCACAGUGACAUAUCUACCUUGCUGUCUUCAGCAUAUCCUGGAACCUAAUCUGGAUAUACUGCCUUCUUUCAUGGUGUGUAUUUUGAACAGAUCACUGAAGCCCUAAACACAGACAUAUCAAGCACCACUGUCACUCUCCUUGGUCUUUGUUUGACUGCAUGCUGCACGUGCUCCAGAGCUCAGAGCAUGGACCUGCCCUCCAGCCCGGUGUAUGAGCUCAGCAGACCCUUCACCCUCCUCUCAGCCAGCUCUCCCUACUACAGCCUGCCCCCAAACAGACAGGGGGUCCUGUCAGGGAGCAGGAGGGGGGCAGGGGGCGCGGGGCGCGGCUCAGGGGGCCCCAGAGAGGAGACGACAGAGAGAGAGGCCAGCGUGAAGGACAACAUGGCUGCCAAGACGCAGCCUGGGCCGAACUUCCUUCCCCCGAGGGAGGAGAGGCCCACGGCCCCUCCGGCCCCCCAGGCCCCUCCGGCCCCCCAGGCCCCUCCGGCCCCCCAGGCCCCUCCAGCCCCCCAGGCCCCUCCGGCCCCGGGCCAGCGGAGGCAGAACGGGGCUGUGAGUGAUGCGGGGGCUGAGCCCGGUGGGGAGCAGGGGGCCAGUGGGGGUGUCUCGGGGCAGGUGGGCAGAGACGGGGGCAUGACGGACAGCAGGAAGCUGAACCUGACCAGUUGGAGUGAGCGAGGGGGCGGGGCCAGCCUAGAGGAGGGACGCCAGACCGGAGAGUUCUCUGUGCGCCGGGGAGGGACCACGCUAAGACGGGCCGAGAGUCUGGAGACGAGGGUGGAGGGGAGGGGGGGGCGAGGGCUUUUCAGGGCUCUGAACUAUGACCCCUCUGGUCUGAGGGGGGAGGAAGGGAGGAUGGGGGCUGAAUUGAGUCGUGCAACCCUGGCUCUGGAGAGGGCUGGUGGGGUCCAGUCCCUGCCCACCACGCUGAGGCUCCAGGCUGGGUCUGGGCUCAGGGAUGCAGGGACACCUGGGACCAGGAGUCAGAGCAUCUGGGAGAGGAUUGAAGGCUCUACGGUUCUGAGAAAGCAGAGGACUCGAACCCCAGGACCAAGCGGUACUCCGCCCCCAUCGGAGACUGGCCCCUGUCAGAGCUGGACGGGGGCGGAGCCUUCGCCCAGCGCAGGAAGUCAACCACAGACUUCAUCCCCAACUCCUCCCCCAUCAGCCAGUGGAGGAGGGGGUCAUGCGAGGGGGGGGGGGGCCUUUCCUAAGCGUCUUUUCAGGGAAGAGAGGAACGGUGUGGACACAGCGCAGAGCACUCAGGACGUCACGCCCUCAGGGUCUUCAGUGUCAGUGUUGGGCAGGGAGAGAGCUCCAGGGGUGGAGUUGCAGGGCCAAGCCCAGAGGAAGCCUCCUGAGCUGGGGCAGAUCGCCCAGAGAAGAGGGGUGCUGGAGUACAACACCAGGUCUCUGGACAGGGCCAGGAGUAAACUCACUGUGGCAGCUCCGAGCAGGGCUGCCAGGUCUGCAUACACACCCUCACACGCUCCCUCAGUGGAGGAGCCAUCCAGGGCUCUCAGGAAUCCAUCUCUCUCUCCUCCACCUGGAGACAGGGAGGAGAGAGAGGGGGAAAGGAGGAAUAAAGAGGUAACAAACAACGGAGAGAGAAAAGGUGGGAUCGGCCAAGAGGGUGAAGGGGUGGGAGAGAGGACAGGGAGACCAGCAUGCAAGAGAGAUCUGGAGAAGGAGGCGAGUUCCACACCUGAGCCAUCAGGGGUCAACCUGGGGUCAAAACUCCUCUCGACCAAUCAGAUGAACAGCAGAGCGACCCCUGACCCCUCCACCAGGCCCCUGGCGUGUGUCAGGAGUGUGGCUCGCGAGGGGAGCAUCACUGAAGAUGUGUUUGAGCCCAGUCCCCAGAGAAGCACAGCUCAGCCCAGUGACAGGAGGGUGUUAGUGGCUCCCUCCGUGGCCAGUGUGAAGAAUAAGAUCCACCAGUUUGAGACCCUGACCCAGAAGACCCAGAGGGACUUCCAGAAGCCCCGACGGGCCUUCUCUGUCCCCGAGCACCUGGGCAGGAAGGCUGGGGAGGGAGCCAGCAAGGCCGGGAGGGGUCAGGAUCUGGGGGGAAGGAGAGGGCGGUGGGAGGGAGUGAAGGAGGAGAGGGAUGGGGUGGAUUCAGGAGGAGAACGGAUGAGACGCACAACGGGUAAUGAGGUGAAGAGGAGCGCUCCAGAUCAAGUUCUGGGGGGGCUCCCGGGCAGAGGAGAGGAGGAGAAGGAGAAGGAGAGAGGCUGGGCAGUGAGGUCAGCGUCCGUAGAUGAGACUGGGCUGAGGUGGGAGAGGAGGGUGAAGGAGAGAGAAACUGAGAGAGAGGCUGAGAGGAGGGAGAAGGAGAGAGAGGCUGAGAGAGAGGCUGAGAGGAGGGAGAAGGAGAGAGAGGCUGAGAGGAGGGAGAAGGAGAGAGAGGCUGAGAGAGAGGCUGAGAGGAGGGAGAAGGAGAGAGAGGCUGAGAGAGAGGCUGAGAGGAGGGAGAAGGAGAGAGAGGCUGAGAGAGAGGCUGAGAGACAGGCUGAGAGGAGGGAGAAGGAGAGACAGGCUGAAGGGGGAGGAGUGCAGGAGAGAGGCCGAGCAGAGGAGAGUGAAGUUGGACCCAAUACAUAUCUCAAACUGAAGGACAAGAUGGAGAUUCCUCUCAGUGGAGGAAUCAGAGAGAGACCUCGCAGAGCCUCUCCUGUGGAUGAGACCAGUUCCAGCCAGCCUGCUGAGCCAGAGAGACCAUUCACACCUCACAGCAGGAACAGGAGGACGGAGGCUGCCUCCAUCAAGCUGUUGAACUUCAAUAAUAACUGCAAUAGUAGUGAGAUAGCAGAGCUCCAGCACAGCCCCAGCCCUGACCUGUCUUCUCCAGUCAGUGACGAUGACAAAACCCCCACCAAUACCCCCCACGACUCUCCCUUCUACCCCCAGGAGGGGGGCUCUCCUGCCUUCACCCCCACAGCCCAGCCUCACACCUCCAGCCAGGAGACCAACUCCCAUCUGGGGAGGGACUCCCUGUCCUCCCCCAGCAGCCUGCCCCAGACCGGGGGAGACCUGGAUGCGUGGGUAGCCGGCCUGAGCCGCAAGAUCGAGCGCUGGGACUGUGACGAGGAGGACGAUGAAGAGGGGACAGAGAAGGACGAGGACUCUAACUACGACUCGGACGAAUCCUCUGUAACCAUCACCAGCAACAUGAGCCAAUCAGAUCGCAGGAGUUUCUGUCUCAGCCUGGCUGAGCUGUGUAACUUCGGGGGGGUGGACUAUGAGACGGAGGCUGAGAUGGAGGACUGGCCGCCCGGUCGCUCUGCCUCCCUGAGCUCAGAUGUGUCGGCCCUGUCCUGUGUGUCUGUCCUGGACAGCGAGGAGCUGGACAGGCUGCUGGAUGAUGUUCGGAGUCUUGGGGACGACACCCUGCAGAACUAUGAGGAUGUGCAGGUGGUGGUCCUCCAUAAGGAGGUGGGCAUCGGCCUGGGCUUCACUGUUGCCGGGGGCGAGGACCAGAACAAGCCUGUCACCGUCCACAGGGUGUUCUCCUCUGGAGUGGCGGCUCAGGAAGGCUCCAUCAGGGAGGGCGACCUGGUCCUGUCAAUCAACGGUACCUCGCUGUCUGGCUCCGCCCACUGGCAGGCUCUGAGGACGCUCAGGAAGGCGAGGACCCUGGGGAUGGGCGUGGUCGUGCUGCGGAGGUGCGUGGCCUCCAAGCCCGUGAAGGGUGUGACUGGAGCAGACAUGCAGGGGCGGAAACAGACCCCGCCCACCAACACAGGCCAGCGGCUGUGUGUGCGACUGGAGAAGGGCAGCAGAGAUCUGGGCUUCAGCCUGGAGGGAGGUCUGGGCUGCAGCCUGGGGGACAGGCCCCUCAGCGUCCAGAAGAUCUUCUUGGGAGGCCCAGUGAACAAGGUGUGUCCCGGAGACGAGGUGUUGGAGAUCCAGGGUGUGAGUGUGGUGGGGAUGAGGCGCCUGGAGGCCUGGAUUCUGAUCAGAAGACUGCCCCCUGGGCCUGUGAAUGUGCUACUGCACCGCCCUCUCAAUACCAGCGUCAUCCACUCCCAGUCGUCAUGAUGGGCUCAGUAAAGCAGCUUGAGGGAGGACUCAUCCUGUCUGCAGCUUGAGGGAGGACUCAUCCUGUCUGCAGCUUGAGGGAGGACUCAUCCUGUCUGCAGCUUGAGGGAGGACUCAUCCUGUCUGCAGCUUGAGGGAGGACUCAUCCUGUCUGCAGCUUGAGGGAGGACUCAUCCUGUCUGCAGCUUGAGAGAGGACUCAUCCUGUCUGCAGCUUGAGGGAGGACUCAUCCUGUCUGCAGCUUGAGGGAGGACUCAUCCUGUCUGCAGCUUGAGGGAGGACUCAUCCUGUCUGCAGCUUUAAGGCAGUUAUCUCUCACAGGGACAUCUCAUCAUCAGGAUAUUGCAAGGCUCUGACACUGUUUGUCUCAGUAGCCCAGAGACCAUCUCCUCAGCCGCAGGUGGGCUUCUGUGUUGCCUUGGCAACCCUGAGAAGGCCCACUACCCCUGCAGGGUACAGUAACUUAACUUAGUUUACGAUAGUAAGGUUCUAGUGGGGAUCUCAUCCUGGAAAUGAGAUCAGUGAUGCCUCACCAUCAGGAUGCUUUCUGCACCAGUCAUCCAGUCAACAAGCACUGAAUAGUAACACGGCUAGUAACACGGCUAGUAAAACGGCUUGGAAACAAUGAAAGAUCAAUAAGCGUAUAACUGCAACGUUUAACUGUGUAAAUGAUUUCAAGAAACAAGCAGCAUCUUUCAUAUUCUAUGUUGUAGCAGCCCUCGUCCUGUAAUAUGUUCACCAGUUGAUUAUAUAUGGGAAGCUCCAUUGUUGUAAUCUGUUGAAUUGUAUCUUAUAUUCCUCCUCAAAUAAGUGUGAAUAAAUCCUAACAUGAACCUUCUCUUUAUUCAAAUGCAGUACAUAGCACAGCCUGUAGGGGGAGCUGGGGAAGCAGACUUCACUCU